AUGGGGAAGCGGUCGAAAGAGUGUGCAGAAGAAGAGGUAGAUGAGGAGGAGCAGCCAACGAAGAAGCUUCAGACUGAUCCGCCCGAGUAUGAGGACCCUGCUCUCGACAACGAUGAAGGAGAGCCAACGGAGUUUUCGGUGUCCAUUGGUGGGCUCAGCUUCGAAACAAAGCGAAAGGCUCUGCGCAAGGCUUGUGCGAAGUUCGGGGAGGUGGUGACCGUGCGAAGAUGGGUGCGGGGAGCUCCUCGGCGAGCCGACGUUUCCUUCUCCUCAGCGGAAGAGAUGGAAGCGGCCAUCCAAGGAAUGGAGGGCAAGAUUUUGCAGCUGCAGUCUGCACUGGACGAAAUGCGCAUCCUGCUCAACCAUGAGCAACGGGUCUCGCAGGAAUUAAAAGCCCAAGUGAGGGAUGAGCGGAGGCGGCGAGAGAUGCUUCAGCGGGAGAUGCAGGACAAGCUCGAGCUUCAAGACCACGAGAUGAAGACUCUCCUGGCAGAACUCGAGACGGCCAAGGCUGCGCUGCAGCAGAAGAAGAAGGAGUUCAAAGGGCCUCCGGAGGAGACCUCUGAGAAGCCGAGCAAGGUGCACAGUGGGCCCACACAGCGCCAGUGCGAGACGGAGCUGUUGGCAGCUCUGCUCGAGCAUGCCACGAAGCAGGCGACUGCCUGCCCCGCCGUGAAGAAAGAAUCGACCGCCCUGCAGCAACUCCGCUCAGAGCUGGAGGCGGCUCAAGGCAAAGUCUCCGAGGCGCAGGAAGCCGCGGAAGAGUUGCGGCAGCAGCUGCAGCAGGAAAAAUUAUCAAGAUUCGAAGUGGAGCACUUGCUCGAACUGCAGCGAGAGUGUCUUCUCAGAGAGUUUCACCAACGCAAGGCCUGUGUAGCCGACUUUGCAAAUUUUCUGCGGCUGCUGGGGCAAAGAUACCCCGAACUUGCAUGCAGCGUAAUGCGCGUUAUCAGUCGGAAGGCCCGCACCGAGCUGCAGCAUUUGAACGAAUUGCAGCGGGCAUCUUGUGUGCAAGAGUUUCACUACAAGCCGAAGUUGGACGAAUGUCUGCAAUAG